CCUGUGUUGUAAGAUACGGCCCCCUUUUUACGUCGUUUGACUUCGCCUUUUUCAAUUGUUCUCUCUUUUUUUUCUGCAAUAGUAUAUUCAGCAAUGAUGAAUGAAAAUAGCAAAAACGACGAGCAAGAGAAUAGCGAUACUGCAUUUGACUGGCGUUUGAAACUGACAGAACAGUUUCUAGACAAUAAGAAUAAUGCAACACAAAAAGCAGCAAAAAUCACACGAUUACCAACGCAGCAGCCAACGUCAACAACUUACAUUUCUUCUUUAUCAACUGAAGCAAUGAUUAUACAUUCGUCGCAUAAUACUGCUGUGCCUUUUAAUGAGAGAAACAGUGCAUAUGAGGACUAUAUUGAUCGUGAGUUUACCGAACGUAAUGCUGCCAUUUUAAAAAAUCGGUUAUCAGAUGCAACUACAUUACGGAACUCGUCUGCUUUUGCGAGUCAACCAUCAGACAGCCAACAGCAACAGCAAGGGGAUUUGGGUGACUAUUUUAGUAGAGGCCGAACAGAUAGAAUGGCCGAAAAAAAUCUAAACGUGACAAACGGCAAUAAUAUUGUUACUGUAACAACACCAACGUUAAACGACAAAGAUAUUACAGAUGUGGAAGCAUCUCACUACUUCAAUAAUUGCUUGAAUGUAGACAAUGUUCAUAGUGUUGAUAAACAACAGCGGCCAGGAUCUGCGGCGAAUGAUCAUAAUAGCAUUGCCGGUGAUAACAAAGACACCGAAGAUACUAGUGAUGCUGCUGAACCUGUCUGGUGGGUGGCUGAUAAGGAUGAAGGAGAUGGCUUUUACUCUAUCAGCGGCUUACUAUUCUUAUUGGGCUUUUUAUUUCCCUUUUUUUGGUGGAUUGGGUCAAUCUGGCCAAAACACGUAUUAGAAAAGGGCGGUAAAAUGGCAGACCGUUGGCAAAAGUUGAAUCAAAUCAUGUCCAUAGGGUUUAGCACUAUAUUGCUUAUUUUAGUGAUUGUUUUUGCGAUACUUUACGCGACUGAUAGUGUUUGAUGAAGAUCAAUUCAUUUUAUCAGCUCCUAUCCAACAUAUACCCUUCAAUGCAAUCUGUUUAUGCUGAUCUUUUAUUUUAUUUUUUUCUUUCUCCUUUUCUUUUUGUAGGAAAACUGACAUAGUAGUGAGAGUCAUAUUGAUCUUAUGUUUAAUAAAAGAGUCAAUGUGGGAUAUAAGUGGGAAAAUUGUGGCGAAAAUCAAAAAGAAAGAAAAGGCAGAGAGGUCAGAAUGUUGUAAAUCUUUCAUUCGUUCAGAUUUUUCUUUUAUAAAUAACAUUGUUGAUGUUACCGCCUAUGCGAAAAGGAGAUGGUUAAUUAUGAGUCUAUGGAUUUUUUGCUGUUAUACGACUUACGCCAAUCAGUGCGGUGUGGUAACUCCUCUGCGUAUCUCCAUUCUCCAUCUACAACAAACUUAAAUUCCAUGUCCUUGUUCACAUUAGGUAUAGGUAUUUCUG